UCAAACCGGUAGAGGAGAUCGCGGCGCUUGAGGCUUAUAGAGCGUCACAUUUAUAUAAUUUGUUUAUCUUAACGUAAACCCACCGUAUUUUCAAUGGAUUUAGACACUGGAACAUAUGAACCAGGAUUCGUUGGCAUACGGUUUUGCCAAGAAUGUAACAACAUGUUGUACCCUAAAGAGGAUAAGGAGAACCGCAUCCUACUCUAUGCGUGCAGAAACUGUGACUACCAACAAGAAGCAGACAACAGCUGCAUCUAUGUCAACAAGAUCACCCAUGAGGUCGAUGAAUUGACCCAAAUCAUCGCUGAUGUGUCUCAGGAUCCAACACUACCAAGGACAGAGGAUCAUCCAUGUCCAAAAUGCGGUCACAAGGAGGCAGUGUUCUUCCAGUCUCACAGUAUGAAGGCUGAGGAUGCUAUGAGGCUGUACUAUGUCUGCACAGCUCCACACUGUGGACAUAGAUGGACAGAAUAACUCUACUGGUGUGAAACAUUUCCUCUUGACAAAAAAAA